UGCCUUGCGCGCUCCCCUCCCCGCCCUGCGCUCUAGCCCUGCCUUGCGCGCUCCUUCUCCCUUGCGCGCUCCCUACCCUACGCGCUGUACCUUGGCCCCGCCCCGCCUCUGCCUUGCUUGCGCGCUCCCCUCCCGGCCCUGCGCGCUGCGUCCUGGCUCCCCUGCCCCGGGCUGGGCCGCUCUGCGCCGCGCCGCGCGCGGAGGCUGUUUGCUGGGCCGCCCGGAGGGAGACGUCAGCGGCAGCCUCUCUCUGGGCCUCUCCGUGCUGCAUUAUCCCCGCCCCCUUCCCCGCCCCCACCGCGCCGCCCCGGGUCCCUGCGAGGGGAGCGUGUGCGAGCCGGGAGCCUCCUCGCCGCGCAGCCGCCGCCUGACGCCCCCACCCCGCCUAGAGGCGCCGCCGCCGCUCCCCUCCCGCCCGCCGGUUACCCGCGGCUCGGGGGUUCUUAAACCCGCCGGGCGCGUCGCAGCUACCCGCCCCUUCCCGGAGCCGCCGCCGAGGAACAUGGCGAAAGUGGAGCAGGUCCUGAGCCUCGAACCGCAGCACGAGCUGAAAUUCAAAGGUCCUUUCACAGAUGUUGUCACUACAAACCUGAAACUUGGUAAUCCUACAGACAGAAAUGUGUGCUUCAAAGUGAAAACUACAGCACCACGCAGAUACUGUGUAAGGCCUAACAGUGGAAUUAUUGAUGCAGGAACAUCAAUUAAUGUUUCUGUGAUGCUACAACCUUUCGAUUACGACCCUAACGAGAAAAGUAAACACAAGUUUAUGGUACAGUCUAUGUUUGCUCCAGCUGAUACUUCAGAUAUGGAAGCAGUAUGGAAAGAAGCAAAACCAGAAGAACUCAUGGAUUCUAAACUUAGAUGUGUAUUUGAGCUACCAGCAGAAAAUGAUAAACCUCAUGAUGUAGAAAUAAAUAAAAUUAUAUCCACAACUGCAAAGACAGAAUCCUCUGUAAUGUCUAAAUCAAUAAGUUCUUCCUUGGAUGACACUGAAGUUAAGAAAGUAAUGGAAGAAUAUAAGAGGCUUCAAAUAGAAGUUCAGAGGUUACGGGAGGAGAAUAAACAGUUUAAGGAAGAAGAUGGUCUGCGGAUGAGGAAGGCUCCCCAGACGAACAACCCAAUAUCUGCAUCUGCAACUGCUGUCAAGGAGGAAGGGCUCAGCACUAGACUACUUGCUCUGGUGGUUUUGUUCUUUAUCAUUGGUGUAAUUAUAGGGAAAAUAGCCUUGUAGAGGCAGCAUGCUGAGGAUUGUAAAUUGGCUUGAUGGUUCUGCCAUAUCAUUGGAUUAAAUUUAUUCAUAACAAUGUUUUAAAAAGAUUAAUGUAUGACAUCUCACAGGUCUUGCCUUUAAAUUACCCCUGCACAAAUAUAACAUAACGUAAUCCUCUUGAAAGUUUAAAAUGUACAAUGAGUGAAAGAAUGAUAAAGAAUGUUCUUUAUUAAGUGAUGAGGAAAAAAAUCAUGAGUUAACACUACAAUGGCAUAUUGUAAAUGUCAUUUUAAACAUUCUUAGACCUUGGUACACGUUGCUGUCCCCCUGUCCAUUUUAAAAAACAAAGAAUUAUUCUUCCACUGCUGGAGCUGGCCCUUUUGGAUGUUUGGAGCUGGGUUAGGCAGGAGGGGUUGAUAACUUCUAUAAAAUAUGUUGAUCCACCAUUCUGCUCAUAAAGUUAACAGUUUGUCAGUAUCUUCAACUCUGUGCAAAUUAACAAUUUAUUGGCACUUACAAUUCUUUUCAGCUUCUCACUAUUAAUUUAUGUGGCAGCGCUGAAUGUGCUAGGCAUCAUUAAGAGGCAUAUAUUGACUGGUAUGACACUCAUUUGGAAUAAAGGUCAAUGCCUUGUUCUCUUAAAGGGACCAAGCUACAUUGCUGUUGGUUCAUUUAGUUGAAUUGAAAUGUUAUUCAGAGAUGUUUAAUGCAUAUUUAACUUAUUUAAUGUAUUUCAUCUCAUGUUUCCUUAUUGUCACAUAUUGACUAAUACUAUGGUAUAAAAAGGCACCUGUUCUAAAACCAGUGGAUAGAACUAAAAAAUUACUGCUGUAGUGAUGCGAGAUUCUUCUGCCUCCUCAUGUUUUGGGCACUAUGUAACUGUUAAAGUUUUGAUCACUUAAACAUUGGGGAAACAGCAGUCAGGAAACUGUUUUUGUAUGUAAAUAAAUAAGUCUAUCUAGCAAAAAAAAUUAGUAGUAAACUAGUUCUAUGCCGUAAAAAGACCAAUCCUGUUUGACCAUGUAGCAUCUUAAAAAAAAAAAAAAAAAAAAAAAAAAAAAAAUUAAAUAAAGCCCAGAGAUUAAAGUUCAUUUAGUUACUUUUGUCGGUCAAUUAAUUUUUUUUUUUUUUUAAGGACCUGCAGUUAGUCACUUUGAUGAAGCUUAUGUAUAGCAGCAGGAAAUUGCUAGCCUUACCUCAACGCUGUUUCCUCCAGCCCCAUUUUAGUCUCCAGAGCCAAUCUCCAGAGAAGCACAUUUGAUGGAAUACUGAUGUUUAGAAUAACCACAUUGUCAGUCUGUUUAUUUACUAGGUAUCCUCUGCUGUUUUUAGUCUCCAGUGAUUGGACUCAGUAGUCAGUAACCCUGAGAAUUUAUACAAAGUGACACUCUAAUGCAGUAAUAUUAGUAAUAGUAAUAAUACUAUUAAUAGUAAUGUUACUAUAAGGCAGUAAUAAUAAUAGUACUAACUAUAGGGCAUGUAUAUUCACUAUAUUCAAGCAUGAUAAGUAGAUGACCUAUUCUUUUCAGUCAACUACCCAUAUAAUCUUAGUUGGAUUCCAGUUUCAGAAGCCAUCAGAUUAAUAGAUCGAAUGCAAUAGAUUAAAGGGGCUAAAAUGUGCAAUAGAUUGAAGCUUAUUCGCACACCUCUGAACCCUGAAGCACUUAAAAAGAUGGCUUCCCUUUCUAUUUCUUCGUUGUUCCUAAAUCAGGUGUGGGGGGGGGGUGUUUGGGUUGGUAGAUUUUUGCUGCCAUCUACUUUUCCACCCUUGCCAUAAUCAAAAUGCUAAUAGAUAUUUACUUAUCUAUCAAAUGGUUGCCUCUGCCCUACAUUGUGCAGAUGAGCAGAAUUUUCCAGUGCUACCCUUGCAGGUCAAGUAAAAUCCCAAUGUGUCCUCUGCGUAUGUAUGUGUUUCUGUGGAGACUUCUUGCAGAACAGCCGACAAAAAUAGGAAGAGGUGCAUCUUUAGACAGGAUGUGAAUAUAGACCAGAGUCAAGCCUGUUCCAUAUGGUAGGGGCAAAGCAAUUAUAGUCUCCAUUUUUUGCAAGUGCAAGACGGGUUGGAAGCAGUGCAGAGGAAGAAGGUAAGUAGUAGUGAGAUCAGCAAGGUGGGAUGGGGCAUGAUUGUACAAGGAUUUAAAAAGCUACAGCUUUGAUCUUUAGGGGACCAGUAACUAAUGGAAGCCUUCUGAAACUCUUCAACUUCUGUUAACCAAAAUGACUGAUCAACACAGGAAGCAUUCUGAAAGGGAGAGUUGUCUUUUAAAAGACAUGGGAUAAAUAUGAUGCCUGAAGAAUCCACUUUCAUGGCUUUGUAGGAUGUAUCAGGAAGAACCUGGACUAAAGAGAGACUGAACGCAAAUGUUUGGGUGGCUGUGGCCAUUGGAACAUUGUGGCUGUUCUAAAAGCAGAGGCAGCCUCACAAGUGCAAUUUUAAACACAAGCCAGCAUUGCAGGGUAAUGAUGGCGGAUAAGAGUUAAUGUUGGUCUGUUUGGGGGGGAAGUGGGGGGUGGAAGAGUUGGUUUUUGGACUUUUUUUGCUGGUACACUGAGCAACUGUCAUGCACCUUAUCCAUCAAAAUUGAUUUUGCUGGCACAGAUGAUUUAUGGCUAAAGAAGAAAGCCAGAGGAGUGUGUUGGUGUCCUCAGGCCACAACUUGUUUAAUGGCCAUGCCUCCGAAUGUCUCUGAAAAUUUAAAACAUUUUAAACAAUUUAUGAGUAAAGUUGCUUUUAUUAGUUUUUGUUACUGUAGCACCUAGGGGACCCCAAACAAAGAGACCCCCCAUUGUACUAGUUUCAGAGUAACAGCCGUGUUAGUCUGUAUCUGCAAAAAGAACAUUGUACCAGGCACUAGGCACUAUACAAAGACAAUCCCUACCUUGAGGCAUUUACAGUCUAAGUAGCUAGCUAGCUAUUGAUACAUCAGUACUGGCUGCUAUGAUCAUACAGGUGUGUUCCAUGGUACUACCUGAGCCGUGGUAUCGCUCUGUAAGCAUCUUAAAUAACUCAAGUUACUAUUAGAACUUGGAAUUUAACAAAACUCUGAAGUCUCUCAUAUCCUGCCUGACAGCAGCCUAACAAACAGGAGCCUGGAAGUGUCUAGUGUAGCCCCCAAGUCCUCCAAAAAAUUAAAUCCAAGCAAAGGAUAGCCAGUGUCAAUUGAAUUCUUAUUACCUGCCUGUUGGACAGAAAGCUACUGUAUUCCCACCUGCUGGAGACAGAAAACACACAACAUUUCAAAAAGACUGGUAUUCUUUUGCAAAUGCAGUGUCCCCUUUUUCCACCCUCUUUGAAGAAGACACUCUCUAUACACCUGUAUUUACUGGUAUGAGACCUCUGAUAGAGCUGUCUUUCAGGUAAAAGACUUUCCCAUUAUGGAAAUAAGUCCUUAAACUGUUUGGACAUUUACGAAGCUUUCAUCUACUUUUAUGCCAUCGGAAGAAAUGCUUCAUCAGACUUGUAGAAAGUGAAGUAUUCUGAUGUCUAGGAGAUGUAUAAAAUUAAAAAUAUAGAGGACAGCAGGCAAGGACAUGUAAGACUAAGGAUGCAAUGGAAAGACUCUGAAGAGAAGUUUGAAGAGGACUGGAACUGCAAGACCUAUGAACCCAUGCCAUGAACUUGAAGGAGUGGUGAAUAAUUGUGGGCAGCUCUGAGCCUGUGUAAACGAGAAAAGGAGUUGAAGUGAAAGAAUGUGCAACUUUUUAUUAUAUAAAAACUAUGCAAAGCAUGAAGUUUAUAAAUCACCUUCAUAGUGUAUAUACCUAUAAUUUCACACCCAUGAUAUAACACCCAGGUGUGAGCAAACUACUGCUUAAUCUCUGUGUGACUGUGGAAUCCACACUCUAAAAAUUAACCAUCCAACUAUUCUUGGUUUAAAAAUAAUCUCUUAGAAUGCCCCACUCCCUUGGAGGUUUUGCUAUUAAUUUCAGUGGAAGCAGGAAAGGCGUCUAAUCAGAAUUUUCACUUUGUCUAAAGGGGAAAGAUAUUCCCAAGUUCUACACAAGUUUUACAUUUACUUGCAAGAAAACGAACAUAUCUUUCCAUGAAGUCUGUGGAAUGCAAAUAAAUAAAAGGAACUUUUUCCUAUUUUCACACAGAGGCCCAUGUUUUCAAAUGAGGGGAUACCAUGCAUAAAUUAUCAGAAUUGUCUCUGUGUUGGCAGUCCCCUAAUUUACAUGCACACCUAUAGCAAUUGCAUGUGCAGGUUAAGCAUCGAAUUUGUGUGCAUGUUUUCACAUGUGGAAUUAUUUUUAAUCUAUUACCUUAGUCAUUAGAGAACAAGGUAGUGCUCAGUAUGUAACAGUAACAGGGAUUGGUAUACCAUAAUGUAGUUCCCUAAAAACAUGAAAUUUUAAGUAAGAUGCCUGAUAGUAGUAUUCAAUGUUAAUUCACUUUCUCCUGAAGUGCUGACAGUGGAGUACAACUUGAAAUCCAUUCUGCAAAUUGUUAGUGUCUCCUCACCAGUACACUAUAAAGGGAUUACAUCUGUGCACAUACACCUGAAUUAUUAUAAAAAUCUUGCUUUGGCAGCUAACAAAUGUAUAUACAGUUGUACAUGUUUGCAUCUGCAUACCUUAACAAUGGCAUUUUACAAUCUUAAAAUGUUUAAUAUUGCAAUUCUUAAAACAAGAAAGCCAAGGGAAUUCAAAAUUGUGGCUUAAAUUUCAUAGUUGUCACUCCUCUCUUUCAGGAAAUAUGUUAAUGUUCUUUUGUCCCUCUUAACUGGAGAUCAUUCCUAAUUCUUAGGCACAAUAGACAAAUUUAAAGACAGUGUUUUCAGCCUUCAAAGCUACUCAUUUUGCUUAGUGUGGUGUCAUGAAACUUGUCCUGAGGACUGUUGUUUGUAUUUGCCUUAUGUAUGCACUCUAUUUAUUUGAUUUUGAAGAAUAUAUAAAACAUUCUGAACUUCCAUGUUUGUGGUGGCUCCGUUAACAGCAAUGCCACUUCACAGCAACAAUAUAGAAUCAUGGGGUUGGAGAGUUGUUUUUCCAUUCUUAAUUCAACACAAGUUUGCAGCUGUUAUUGAAAUCUCUGGUGGCCAGUUUGAGAGAGGAGAAGUGGUAAAUUGUGUUCAUUUUCAGGUAAAGUGUGCGAGGACUGCAUUCCAGAAAAUGUGAAGGGGAGACUUUGACAUGCUCACUGAUGCAGGUGCACAUUAAAAUAACUGAUUAGAUGCAUUUCUGUGUGCAAUUUUUGAGUUGUGUGCACAAUUCCAGUACAAAUAAGGCAGGCCUGAAGUAGCUAAGCUUUAAGGUAUUGAAUAUCUGCAUGCCUUUAAGAAACAUUAUUAGACUUCUACACUGCUAAUAGGUCCCUUAAUUUUUAAACUCUGGCAGAGAUAAGCAGAAAGCACAAACAGCAAUUUGGAGUAUACAUUUCACUUUCAGAUACAAGUGCUGGAUCGUGCACAGUGAGAAAUGCAUCCCAGUCUACCAUCAUGCUGUGCUCGGGAGAACUGGGUUACAGCAAUUCGUUGAUUAUAUAUUUUUUUUAUUUUAAAUUGGCCCAUUUUAAGAUAUGAGCUUUUAUUUUGUUACUGAAGUACUAUUAUAAACAGCCUCUAUUAUGAUUUGUGAAGGAGAUGAGUCCAGCACUGCAUGUGGAAGCUGUUGUGGCUUAUUGUGCAAUAGCAUAAUUAUAUGUGCUUCUCUAAAAUGUAAUUUACUCAUUAGAAAAUGUUCAUAGAAAUCCAUCAGGCAUUUCAUAGAAACAAGUGACUUUCACAACAUGCUGUGACUGAUCGUUCAUGUAGCUUGAAACAUAGCCAUGCUAAAGAUUGACUUGAUUAAAAGAUGACAAUGGAAUACAACGCUAGCAUAAAUAAUCUGCUGCUAAAUAGAGGGCUUUGAGACAUAGAUCCUUUGACCAUGUCCGAUUAAGAUUACUUUGUAUUAUACCCACAGAUUGAUGUCUACUUAAUCACUUAUUCUACGGGAUGUUGGUAUAGAAGUGACACUGUUCAAUGUACCAUUACUGACUUGUGUUUUGAUUGUUCUUUACAGCUAAAGUAUGUGCUUCAGCCACCCAGAGUAGCUUAAUCCUAAAGCUGCUGUUUUAUGAAUAGGCUGAUUUUAUUAUUGGGUGAAGCUAAGGGUUCUAGUACCUCUAAGUAACAGCCACCCAGGAAUCUAUUACACAUGAUACAAACCAUUUCACCAUUGCUGUAGUCAUUCAUUUGCAGACUAACUGCAAUUUUUGUGCAUAGAUCAUUAACUCCACUGUACUCCUGCUCUUUACUGUGAUCUCGCUUCCUGUAUAAACUACCUGCAAAUGGUCACUUGAAAAAUAAAUGUUGACAUACA